CUUCCCUCCCUCUUUCCAGCUCCUCCUCCUCCUCCUCCAGCCCUUGUGUGGGACUCCAUUUUCCCAGCCCCAAAGUCUCCAAGGGAAGGGGGCCGUGGGAGUGCGCAGCCAAGAUGGAAUAAUAGAGAUCUCUAGAUCUUGCCUAUAGCUAUCUGUAGAUCUAUAUAGCUAUACAAAACCCAGCCGUGCCUCGACGACGUCGCCCGGGCGCCUCCGGAUUUGGGCAGCGUUAGGAUCGGCGUCUUUGUGUGCGCGCUCGCUCGCGCUCGGCUGGACAGUUUUCGCCUUGGUGGCUUUUUGCGCCCCCGCGGAAUGGAUGACCAAGGGAGGCUGAUCCAAGCUCGGGGGGCCGUGGGGCUCCCGCCGGGCCAUCCGGCCGUGCCGGGGGUCCCUAGCAUGACCCCCCACUCCCUCCACGAGCCCCCCUCGGAUAACGGCGAGCCGCGCAAGCAAGACAUCGGCGACAUCCUGCAACAGAUCAUGACCAUCACCGACCAAAGCUUGGACGAGGCGCAGGCAAAUUUAAACUGCAGGAAACAUGCCCUGAAUUGUCACCGCAUGAAGCCAGCUCUCUUCACCGUCCUCUGCGAAAUCAAAGAAAAGACAGGACUGAGCAUCCGAAGCUCCCAGGAGGAGGAGCCGGUGGACCCCCAGCUGAUGCGCUUGGACAAUAUGCUGCUGGCCGAGGGGGUGGCCGGCCCAGAGAAAGGGGGUGGGUCUGCGGCGGCGGCAGCAGCGGCGGCGGCGGCAGGGGGGGUGUCCCCAGAUAACUCCAUUGAGCACUCCGAUUACCGCAACAAGCUCUCCCAGAUCCGCCAGAUCUACCACUCGGAGCUGGAGAAAUACGAGCAGGCCUGCAACGAGUUUACGACACAUGUGAUGAACCUCCUUCGGGAGCAGAGCCGCACGCGCCCCGUGUCGCCCAAGGAGAUUGAGCGCAUGGUCAGCAUCAUCCACCGGAAGUUCAGCUCCAUCCAGAUGCAGCUGAAGCAAAGCACCUGCGAGGCUGUCAUGAUCCUGAGAUCCCGCUUCCUCGAUGCCAGGCGGAAGCGGCGCAAUUUCAGCAAGCAGGCUACGGAGGUGCUCAAUGAGUAUUUCUACUCUCACCUGAGCAACCCUUACCCCAGCGAAGAGGCCAAAGAGGAGCUUGCCAAGAAGUGUGGAAUCACAGUCUCACAGGUCUCAAACUGGUUCGGGAACAAGCGCAUCCGCUAUAAGAAGAACAUCGGCAAGUUCCAAGAGGAAGCCAAUAUUUACGCCGUGAAAACGGCUGUCAGCGCCGCACAGAGUGGGGGCGACUCCCCCAACACCCCCUCCUCCGCGGGCUCCGGCGGCUCCUUCAACCUCUCCAGCUCUGGGGAUAUGUUCAUGGGCCUUCAGGGUCUGAAUGGAGACUCGUAUCCCACAUCACAGGUGGAAUCGAUGCGUCACUCGAUGGGGCCAGGGGGCUACGGGGACAGCAUGGCUGCCAGCCAAAUGUACAGUCCACGAGAAAUGAGGGCCAAUGGCGGCUGGCAAGAAGCAGCCACCCCAUCCUCUGUGACCUCCCCAACAGAAGGUCCUGGUAGUGUCCACUCUGACACCUCCAACUGAUCCUGCUGGGCUGCGCUCCCUCCUCUGUCGUUUUCUUCCUGGCUCCAGUGGGGGGGGGAGGGAAUUAACCCUAGUGCUGAACUAGGCUGGGCAGGGAAAGAACUCGUCUUUUCUCCCACCUGGCAGGAGAUCACUGCACCACCCGCAGUGCCGGGGCAGGGGAGGGAAGCAAGUACAGCAUCUCUUGGCAUUCAAGGUGGCAACACUCCAUGGGGACGAUGAAUUCAAGAUGGCACCCGUUGUGAUCCAAGAUCCUUCCAUGAUCCUGAACGGCACCUCUUAAUAAGCAAGACGCAACUCUAGAAGCGGUGAAGGGGACCCAAGAUGGUGGGAGGCGGGGUGGGGAGUGGGUGGGAGGGGCUAUCUCAAGCGGUCCGUCUGCUUGGAGGGGCUAGACAGAUGAGCUAAUGUACCUGCAAUGCGAUAUCAUAAUCUGCUGGCUCGGCCUUGUAGAUAAGCACACCUGCCUCAGGGGCGUCGAGAUGGCAUCUAAACUGCUUAUCGUGGGAUUGCGAUUCAAGAUGGCAGCAGCAACGGGUCUCUUGGUAGUAGGAUGAGCAGAGACGUUGGCCGAAGAGGGCUUAAGUUGGCAUCUCUCCAUGAUGGGAUGAUUCCAAGAUAGCAAACUGGCGUCUUCCUGUCGAGAUUUGAACAUGGCAUGUAUAUAUAAAAAGAGAGAAGGGAAAUCAGGCAUGGAUCCUGUCUGGACUCAAGGUGGGCAUCUCCUUUGCUGGUGCACACCAGAGACACCAACAUCCUUAUGAAAUAUUUUGGCAGAAAACGAACAUGUAAGGCGAUACAAGGGCCUCGCUGCAAGAUUGUGUGGAGCCACGGCGAAACCCUCACCUAGGCUGGAGAAACCGUUAUACCUCUCAGUGAAUAGGUUCCCUGGGUAUGAAGAUCUAAGAUGGCUACCAUCUGAAUCAGAAAGGGGAUAUAGCCAUGAAGAGAAUUUGUGAGGGGCCCAAGAUGUUACAGACCGGUGCCUUUCCAUUAGGCCAGAAGUGGGAAACCCUUGACCUUCCAACGGUUGUUGGGCUUCAGCUGUUGGCCAUGCUGGAGUUGAUGGGAGAUGUUGUUAAUCAACAUCUGGAGAGCCAAAGGUUCCCUGCUAACCUUUGUCAGAACAUACUGUGGUACCUUUUAUCAGAAAGAAAGUGGGGGCUGGCUUUUCAAAAUGGCGGUUCAAGGUAAUAGGGGAGGGGAAGUAGUAAUACGCACAAACUUCCUAUCUCCUAGGCAGGACUAGAAGUUGUGGGGGAAGCCAUAGGGCUAAGAGAGCCCAGCACACCCCACAUUACACAUGCUGUAUACUGUAGCUUCAUUAUGGGGGAUGGGGGGUCUGCUUUUCUUUCUGUCAAAUCUCUUGCUUUCUGAGCUGGUUUGGGGGGUUUUUUUGCCUCUUCUCUCUCCAUUUCAGUUUAUCCCAUUGUAACCAUUUCUUAUUGUGUGUACAGUUUCUUGAGGUUUUUUUCUCUGCUGUUUCUUAUAUUCUUGAUAUUUCCCCCCUGUUAAGUUCUUUUCCCUUUCUCCACCCCAUCACCAUCUUAGGGUUUUUCCGCCUGGUCUGACCAUGCACAAUCAGAUAGGUUUCUAAAUGUCACAAUCCUCUUUGUGUGAUAUUUGCGCAGGCCCUAAUUUCGUUCAACAUGGAGAAAAUGACCUUUAAAUAUAUAUUUCAAAGGAAGUUUACAGAAUGGUGGAGAUACAGGUUGGGCAUAGCAGUAUCCCUUCCCAUUAAAUGGAUAUGCUGUGUAUCUGGGACAAACUAUAAAUUAUGUUAAAUUCACCAUUUCAUUUCUUCACUUUUAAAAACAGACAUGUGGAGCAGUGACUGGUUCCAAAAAAUCCCCCGCCACACCCAAAAAUGUCUGCUUGCCUUGGAAGGAAAGCUUCCAUUAAUGAAAUUGCUUCAGGGGGCCUUUUUAUUGGCAAGAGUCCUGCUUGCAGUUUUUGUUUUUUUUAAAACCCACCAGGUUAAUUGAUGGGACUUAAUGUAAUGUAUGGUUUAAAAUGGGGUUUGAAGCCCCUGUGGUCGGAAAGUAGGUCCUGAUGGAUGGGUGUCCUUGAAAGGGAAUCUGCCCACCCUCACCCACCAGUCAAAAGAGUGGGGGGGGGACAGUAGGCUUGGUUGAGCGUAUAUUCUCUCAAUUCACAUCUGGUGAUGGCCUGACAGAGUGUGGAUUGUUCAGAUGCCCCAGGAAUACUCCCAGAAUCCUCUGCAACUGGGUAGAGUCUCUGGCAGAUCUGCAAGGGAUGGAGAAACUGAAGGUGGGAAAACAAGGAAAGUGCUACAGUACCAGCCAGGGAAAUUGCAUUUUGCCAGGGACAGCGUAUUCUGGUUAAAUGCUCUGGCAGCGCAAUAGUCUUUCAAAGGAAGGGACAGAUACGAGGGGAGGUUUGGGAACAAAAUAGGAAAUAUUAUUUGUUGUGCAACCACCCCCUGCUCCAGAACCCUGAUUUGUGCAGAAAAGCUCACUCAAUGCUUCCAUUUUUCCUUUAGCCCAAUGCAAAUAUGGAGGAUUUGAACAAACCAAAAGCAUUACUCCAGUAUCCCAUCUUCAUUGAUUUCCUUCCCUCCCUUUGCUCCUAUGAAUUCCAGCCCAAAGGGGUCGCUAGCGAUGCUUGGGAAGCUAGUAUAGUUUAUAUUUCAAAGGACUGUUUUAUCCAGAAUUGAGUAAGGAGUUUCCCCCACUGUGAUGGAAAGAAAUGGUAUGAGUGUGUAAAUAGUUUUGCUUGGGAAGCGAAUGACCUGAAUGAGAGGCAGAAGCUGAGGAGGGAGACAAGGAAAAUCUAGUAAAGCAAAUCUAGUAAAAACCACACAGAAUGGAUCCAAGUGCACAAGAGCAAAUAGUGGGUGAGAAAUACGAAAUAGGAGAAAGCGAUAUCAAAAGUAGUGAGAGGUGGGAAUGAGACACAGUGGGAAAACAUAAAUGGUAGGGAGAUAAGCUAAAAUCUCCCGGCAAGAGAAUAUGAACUAAGGAAGACAAAUCUGAAGGGCAGGAAUAUUGAAACUCGAAAGAGUUUGGAACUAACGAAGAGUUUGCAGGCUGGAAAGAGGGAAAUUAGAAGAGUAGUGGGAAAGGAUUAUAAAGUAGAAAAGAUCCAAUAGAUUGGGGGGGGGGAGAGAGAGAAAUCACGCAUUCAGCGGCACUUGUUCACAAGAGGAAUGUGUACUUGGAUCAGAAAAUAAGAUUUGGACGUGAGAAGAUACCAAAAUAAGACUCGAAAGACGGAAUGUGGAUAAAGGCAAUCGGAUUGCAAAAGAUGACGAAGGAAUGGUCCAAAGGACGGAGGAAAGGCCUGCUUGUGGAAGUUGCCAAAGCCGAAGGGAUUCAGACCCAAGGGUGGACAUUGGGUGCGACAGGCGCAAAUCCUGAUGGCACAAGAGACCCAUUAGGAGCAACGGAAACCCACAUAAGACUUUUCAAGUUGCUCUCCCCCUUGCUCGCAGGGAGGGCUCCAUGCUAGUCAGUCCAAUAGCUUUAUUACCUCAUGGCGCAAGAAACCAAUAGAGUCUUGGGACAGAGACCUUUUGAACCUGCUACCUCUGUGUGCCCUGCGGGGGUUUUUUGGGGGGAGAACAGUGCUGUGAGACACCCCCCCCAAAAAAAAACACCUCCCUGCCCCGUUCCCUUUGACUGAGGGUAUUGGGGCUCAUCACCCUGACUGGCCGUUUUGACUUGUUCUGUUUUGGGUUUGUUUUGUUUUCUUGCUCUAGAUUGCCUUUGCUUUUAUUAUCAUUUUUCUUCUAUAAAAUUGAAGACAGUUUUUGCCCUGGGAUUCAUUUGGGUAAAAGGAGGAGGAAAUGAGUGGGGAGGAAAGUCUGGUUCACCCCCAAAACACACACACCUGUUUGCUGGGUAUCUAUACAAGCCCAAACCACAGAGACCAAACCACACUUUGCACCAUUCAGACCAGUUUGCAGUGUGUGUGGGAAAGCUCAAAAUGUCUUGUGGCAGAAGCGCUUACGUGCCAAUACAUAUUUGUGAACCACUCUUAUUUGGGGGGUUUUUUCCACCAUGCCAAUGUCCACUGUGGUGGGGGUUAGAAUAGCUUUGUCUGGUGAAAGCACCUGAACCAUAUGAGAAACCACUUCACACAGCUUGCCACAUGAAGCUGCUUACAAAGUUGUUUCGAGCAAUUUGCCUAGCGCAACAUUUAAUCUCUGUUCUGGUCCUUGGUGGCUGACGGCAGCCAUUUUGUUUCUUAGGCCGAGGGGUUAGGAUUGCCACUUGGCCAAUUUCUGACUGAUGUACCUGUUCUGUUUCUUACAAAACAAAACAAAACCAGGCCCUGCAGCUUAUUCCUUAUGGUUUUGAUUUUCUCUUUUAAGUGGUAAUCCUAAAACAAUGGCUGGUUGUCUGCCAACACGAGGAAAGAUAAAUGAGGUUAGGACACCCAUGUUGAAACAGUUCCCGCACACAAAUUCCAAUUGGAUCUAUUUGAAUUGACAACAUAAGUUACAGCCUUAAGGCCAAACUAGAUGUGUAGUUUCCCCCCCUCUCACAGUAUUUUCUUUUUCUUUUUAACAAUAAUAGUGGGGGUGGGCUUAAUUAUUUCUGUGUGAUUAUAUGUUUUGUAACUUCUAUAUUUUACCAGGUGAGGCAAGUGGGGUGAGGGGGUGGUUUAGUAUGUGACUGGGAAAACGGUCUGUGUGACUGGGGAAGGAUUCACACGACAUUCCUCCAUUCCAAUAUGCAGCCUUCUGGUGUAGUUAUACAAAACAAGAUCGCAAUGGAAGGAGAUUUCCAGAACCUGGUUCUCCUGCCGACCCGUCCAGAUUAGCUAGAAGCAGUGCUUUUUGUGUGCGACAGUGCUCACCAGUACAGAGCACUGCCAUGUCAUUUAUUUAUUUUUGGAUGCCCAUGGCAGCCAUUUUGUUCUGGCACCCUCAGCAUUUCUUUUGAGUACUGGCACCUCUUUAUUUUUUUAACAACUAAAGCAGUGCCAGGAAAGGCCCUGAAUGGCACACUUAUGAGAAUGAUAAAAUGAGUGAGCCAGAUUCCCAUUUCUGGUGGUUGUCAUUUGGUACCAAUGAUUGGGGGGUGGCUCUUCCCCAUUUUUAAUUUUUUUGGGGUUUUUUUUGGUGUGCACCUUAACAUCUAACAAACAGGUGCAGAAGUUUGGGAACCACUGCACUAAAUAAUACCGCUGACCUGACUAGCCGGUUGUCAGCCCUGCCCAGUUUAUACACCAUUUAAGACGCAGGUUUUGAGACUCUUUUGGGGCAGGCUUAAUAUUUCAGGAGGUCCCAACAUGAUGCACCUGUAAUGGAAACCACCAUUGUGGCAAUUUCCACCCCUUGUGAGACUGUUAAAAAGAUGCACCAGUGCUGUUUGUGGAGUGGUUUAUAUGCCUCUGCGCUUUCUUCACCCUACACUGGAAUACGGUGCAUGUGUGCACCCAACAUGCCCAGCCACAGGAGCAAACGGGAAGCUUUUGCUGUUUGCGUCUCUCCUGCUGGAGGCUAUGAGAUGGCAGGGUCUAACCUGCUCCCAGCUCUGUCCCAUGGCCCUACCACGGUGGUGUUGAAAUAAAAAGCCCAUGACCCACAUGGAAGCAUAGGUGAGCUGGAGGGGAGAACAAAAGCAUUUAAGAGGCACACGGAGGCAUGUAAACAGAGAAAGAACGGCAGAAGGGGAGUGAGGAGGCACUGGGACACAGAUAAGAGAUCCUACAGCCCUCAUGAUGUUAGGCUGUUACCCCAUCAUGGCUGACGGGAGUUUGGAAGGACCAUAGAUUUUCCAGGCAUGCUGGAAGAAUGGAGAACCCCAAAUUUCAGUUCAUUGGCUGGGGUGGGGGAUCCUUUCAUUGGUACAGCUAUGAUUGAGAUUUGUCAUUGUGAUGAUCCCCUAAGUCUCAGGGAAUUGCCACUGCAAAUCUGAAGCAAGGCUUUACCAACAGAAGUGUCAUGGCUCCCUCCCCAAAGCAUUCUGGGAAUUGACAUUGGGUAAUGUUUCUGAGGAUUCUGUUGCAACCCCCAAGCUACGCCCUGACAUAACAAGCAUCCACACCCAGCCCACGUCUAUUAAAUGUUUACUCGGGAGCAAGUCUUGCCGAGUUUAAUAGAUUAUGCUCCCAAGUAUGUGCAGAAGACUAACCUUUGGCUACCUUGGUGGCGGUGAAGUUAAAUGGAGAGUUAAUUAAGAUGUCUGGGCGAGAGUAUACACACAGGAUCUUUCAAGGUGCAUAUUCAAGAUUUCUCAUGUCUUAACAUGCAUAAAAGGAUAAGUAAUGUGGUAAAAUCGUGGUUCCGUUUCCCCCUAUUUUUCUUUAUGCUUUUUGAACACUCAUCUCCCGGAGUGGGCUAUGGUGUCCCUCACAGAGUCUGUUAUAACACUGAAUGUCCCACUCACCUGCAUUUUUAACUACCCAAAGAUCAAAAUGGGCUCUUUUCUGGGCUAAGUAGCCGUCUUAGUAACAUUAGACCAAAACUGGCUCCCUGCCCUUUUGGCAUGGAUGCAAUUGUUUAAUUUGGAGGGGUGGUGUGACUGCCUUUUCCCCAGUGUAGUAAUGACAGUGAUGCAGAAAGAAAGCUUCUGUUGGAUUUUUACUGUCGAAAGUCACAGAGGUCCCGUCCCCACCCCCAAAGUUGGCUUCCCUGAGGUGGAGUCUUUACUUCCUUGCAGGCAGAAGCCUAAGCAAAGGGAUCCACAAAUACAGAGGGCCUUUGGAGGCUUCAGAGGAAGGAUGGAUUUCAAUUGUGGGGGGAAAUAUACUCUGGAGGUUCCCCCAUCACUCUUGUACAGUUUUGCCUAAACAAUAAAAUAUAUUUUUUUCCA